AUGUCUGUACCCGUACUCGACGCCUGGACUGGCCCUACACCCUUGCUUGGUGUUAUCGGCGGGUCGGGUCUGUACCGUCUUGACAGCAUCGCCCCCGUUGCCGAGGUCAACAUCUCCACACCCUGGGGCGCACCCUCCUCGCCCAUUACCAUCGCCAAGACUGCUGCGGGUAACCAUGUUGCAUUCCUCGCUAGGCAUGGACGCGAUCAUGCUAUUCUGCCGAGCAACGUGCCCAACCUCGCCAACAUUGCGGCGCUGAAGCAUCUCGGGGUUCGUGCGAUUCUGGCUUUUUCGGCGGUGGGUAGUUUGCGCGAGGAGAUUGCGCCCAAGGACUUUGUCAUUCCAAGCCAGAUCAUCGACCGCACCAAGGGUGUGCGUCGUGCGAGCUUCUUUGGGUUUGGAGACGAGGAGAAUGUCGUCGCACACGCAGGGUUUGGCGAUCCGUUCUGCGAGAUCCUUCGUCCUCACGUCGCCCAGGUGGUCAAACAAACCCUUGCGGAACACAAUAAGGACGUCAGCGUUCAUGAGGGCAAGACGGUGGUAUGCAUGGAGGGACCGCAGUUUAGUACGCGCGCGGAGAGUUUGAUGUACCGCGCUUGGGGAGGCGAUAUUAUCAACAUGUCCGUCUUGCCCGAAGCCAAACUCGCCCGUGAGGCAGAGAUUAGCUACGUCCUCAUUGCAACCGCUACCGAUUACGACGCUUGGCGCCCAGCUUCCGCGGCUGUUAAUGUCGCAGAGGUCAUGGAGAGCUUAAAGGCCAACGUAGAGGCUAGCAACAAGGUCACCACCACCUUGCUCGACGCUAUUUACCCACGGGUGGGUGAGGAUGGCGAGGCCGUCAAGGCGAUCAAGGACUCGAUGAAGUGGAGCAUCAUGACCAAAUCCAGCGUCGUCACGGACAAGGCAAAGCAGAACUUGAGGUUCCUCCAUCCCUGGUUCGCCCAGGAGUAG